AUGUCUAGCCCAGCCCAAUCUGCAGAACACGACCCUCUGGACCUAGAGUCGCUGGAUGCCGACUCGUUGUUUAGUGCACUCACAGGCGUGGAAAAGGCCAUACCCGAGAUUUUGCUGCAAAUCAAGCCCAUUUUGACUCAGCUCUCAAGUCCCACGGAAGGAUCCGGAGGAGACGACGAGAGUCGAGGAAUGGAGGCCAGGCAAGGGGUUGAAAAGUAUAUCGACUUGCUGGACAAAAUACAAUUCGUCCUCCGACAGACGGUCUACUACCUCCGGGAGACCAAGUCGAAUCCCAACACCCUCUGUCCACCUCCUGCCAACAAUAUUCCCACCCCUUUCGCUUCUUCCAUCCCUUCUCUUACCCCCGCUUCUCCUUCUUCUCCUUCUGGUACGCGCGGAGAUAUCGUAGAUGACAGACAGGAGGCGACUAAAGUAGCUGAGCUAGGGCUCUAUGCGAGCAGAAUAGAAGCGAGAGUCUUGAGCGAUAUGGGAAAGGCCGUGAGGGCCUUGGUCGAAGAAGCCGUGGGGCAAGGACGGCAAGUGCAGGGAUAA